AUGCAGGAAGAAAAAGCUCUACCAAUUUUUGACAAAAUUCCUCAACUUCAAAUUCGUCCAUCAGUAAUAACAGUUACACAAUUAAAUAUACAUAGAGAAAUAACUGCAAAUUUUACCGAAGGAAUUGGUGGAUUAAGGAAAUGGGUAGAUGCUGCUAGGUGUGGGGGAAGAAAUGGUUCUUCAUCCCGUUCUGAAAAUCGGGCAAGAAAAGCCUUGAGAACAAUCACCGUUAUUUUGGGUACUUUCACUUUAUUUUGGACUCCUUUUUAUGUUUUGGCCACAAUUUAUGGAUUUUGUGAACGUUGUAGUAGUUCUGCUGGCUUCCAAGCGUUAUAUACAGUUAGCUAUAUUCUUUGUUAUAUGAAUUCGCCAAUAAACCCACUUUGUUAUGCUGCUGCCAAUCAACAAUUUAAGCGCACUUUUAAAAGAAUUUUGAGGGGGGAUUUACAUAGAAAUUAA